UCUCCUUCAUCCAUAUAGAUUUUUAUAUCUUUCACCUUAACGUGUAAUCUUAAUUUCUCUUCAUUAGCCCCCCUUUUUAUCUGUCUUUCUUCCAACUAUGAAGAGUACUAUCAAGCAAAGUUUUAAUCACCAAAACCCAUUAUUUCCUUUCCUUCUUCUCUAUCUUUCAAUCAUCCUGGAAUACCUCACCGUCAACGUGACCGGCAGCUCACCCCCUCCUUACAUCCCUAUAGAGAACAUCACAAUUGACUGCGGUUCCCCCAACGACAAUACGGCUCUAGAUGGCCGCUCUUGGACCAGAGACAACACCCCAAAAUUCUCCCCUAUAGAAUCACAAAACAAUCAAUCAGUGUAUUCGGAAGCACCCCAACAACCUCCUUCUGGUGUUGGUCAAGUCCCCUUCAUCACUGCUCGCGUUUCCAAGGCUGAAUUCAUCUACGUUUUUCCCCUCACUUCCGGCCAAAAAUUUGUUCGCUUGUAUUUCUAUCCAACUUCUUAUCCACCCUUUGACCCUUUGAAAGCUUUCUUUUCCGUUAAUACUGGUGAGUUUACCCUUCUCAAGAACUUCAGUGCUUCACUUCAUGCCCAAGGUCAAGACACGCUUAUCAAGGAGUUUUGUGUUAACGUUGAUGAAGGUCAGAGGUUGAACUUAACGUUUAUUCCAAGUCCUGAUAUUUCAGAUUCAUAUGCUUUUAUCAACGGGAUUGAAAUUGUUUCCAUGCCAACUAAUCUUUAUUAUAGACCUGCCGACGAUGAAGGGGUCAAGUUUCUUGGCCAGGGAAACCCUUUCUCCAUGGGAAACGACACUGCCCUCGAGUUGAUGUAUCGAAUCAACGUUGGUGGAACGCAAAUCUCUCCCGAACUUGACACUGGCAUGUACCGUUUCUGGUCCGACGAUGACAACUACUUGACAGACGCGGCACCAUCCGUUCUUCCUGUUAAUGGAAGCAUUAAUCUCAACUUCAGCGAUAAGCCAUCGUUUUCUGCACCGGAUGUUGUCUAUACAACUGCUAGGACAAUGGGGACAAACAAGAGUACAAAUGAACAUUACAAGUUGACUUGGGAGUUCCCUGUUGAUUCUGGCUUUAAUUAUUUUGUUAGGUUACAUUUUUGCGAGUUCCAGAUAGAGAUAACAAAACAAGGUGACAGAGUCUUUGAAAUCUUCAUAGCCAAUCUAACAGCAGAAACUCAAGCAGAGGUUAUACUCUGGAGCGGUGGCAGAGGAGUUCCAACAUAUAAAGAUUAUGUAGUGGCGAUAGGAAGGAAAGGAAAUGAGAAGAAACAAAAUCUCUCCAUUGCUUUGCAUCCUGCUCCAGAGUGGAUGACUCGUUAUUCAGAUGCAAUCCUGAAUGGGAUUGAAAUCUUCAAAUUGAGCAACAAUGGCAAUCUUGCUGGACUUAACCCUGAUCCUGAGCAAAAAAGUUCGCCUACAAUUGUUCCACCCUCGACUCAACCAGGGAAGCACAAGAACAACAAGACAACAAUUAUUGGAGUUGUUGUUGGAAUAUCCGGAUUUGUUGUAGUCCCUCUCCUAUGUUUCUUCAUUAUCAAGCGAAGGAUGACAAUCAAAGAUUUAGCUUCGAGUGAUGGAGGUUCAUGGUGGGGGGGCCAAUUUUCCCACACCAACAAGUCCACCAAGUCCAAAGGUAGCUCAAAUCUACCAUCUGAUAUUUGUCGCCACUUUUCACUAUCUGAGAUCAAAGCAGCCACCAACAAUUUCGAUACUGUUUUCAUUAUCGGUGUUGGAGGUUUCGGUAACGUGUACAAAGGAUUCAUCAAUGGUGGUGCAACCGCAGUGGCAAUCAAAAGGUUAAAUCCUGAGUCCCAACAAGGGGCCAUUGAGUUCAAGACAGAGAUUCAGUUGCUUUCCCAACUCCGUUAUCUUCAUUUAGUCUCUUUAAUCGGCUAUUGCAAUGAUGAUAAUGAGAUGAUCCUUGUCUAUGAUUUCAUGGCUCAUGGGACCCUCCGUGAUCAUCUUUACAACACUGAUAAUCCCCAUCUUCCAUGGAAACAAAGACUAGAGAUUUGUAUUGGUGCGGCUCGCGGAUUGCACUAUCUCCAUAGUGGGGCAAAGCAUACAAUCAUUCACCGUGAUGUUAAGACAACAAAUAUUCUGUUGGAUGAAAAAUGGGUGGCUAAGGUGUCAGAUUUCGGAUUGUCCAAAGUAGGCCCAACCAACAUGUCCAAGGCCUAUGUUAGCACAGUGGUGAAAGGAAGUUUCGGAUAUUUGGAUCCAGAAUAUUAUCGUCGUCAACAAUUGACUGAAAAAUCUGAUGUUUAUUCAUUUGGAGUAGUGUUAUGCGAAGUUUUAUGUGCUCGGCCACCAAUUAGUCGGAUAGCAGAAAAGGGCCAAGUGAAUUUAGCAAUGUGGGCUCAAAAAUGCCAUCGAAAUGGGACCUUUUAUCAAAUCAUUGAUCCGUUUUUGAGGGGUAAGAUUGCACCUGAAUGUUUGAAGAAAUAUGGGGAGGUUGCAAUGAGUUGCUUACACGAUGAGGGAAUCCAACGGCCAUCAAUGAAUGAUGUGGUGUGGGGCCUUGAGUUUGCAUUGCAAUUGCAGGAAAGUGCUGAGGAGGAGAUCAAGCAUGGAGGAGCUGAAAAUGAAAUAGAUGCAGAGGAUGACGCCCCAAGAUUUAAGCAGUACGACUUAGGGGACGACAGCGGUUCAGGAUUUAGUAGCUUUGUCAUCACACCAGGUGAUGAACAUAGUCCGUCUACCAAAGAUUCUGAAGUUAUAAUUUCUGGGGCAGUGUUCUCCGAGCUCAGGAAUCCUCAAGGUCGAUAGGAAACUAAGGAUGGUAAUUAAGGUAAAUGUUGCUAUUAGUUGAAUUAUAUUGAUAUAUGCAGAACAGUUUACAAAGAAUAAGAAAAUUAUACGAGUGUUUGCUUUGAGGUGUUGAAGAUGAUCUUCUUGGAGAUAACUGGACCUCUUUGGAUUUUGUUGGGUAUUGCUAGUGCUUUGUUUUAUUUUCAGCCCAUGGCACAAUUUCUACCAGUCUGUCUCCCUUGUGAUUCUUAGAGUGGCUUGGUUCCCAUACAUUUAUGACAACUGAAGGGAAAGAAAUCAUAGAAACAUGGAAAAUGUCCCAACGUAUGAAGCUUAUGUUUUGUUGUUGCUUUAUCAAAGCAUGAUUUAAAGUCAUGCAUUUUUUUAAUUUCCUAUCAACUUUCCUUUAAAUUUAAUCCUUUCCCCUGGCAUGUUAAGAAAAGUAACCCCUUAAAGCAAUAUUGUUAGUAACUACUG